AUGCCGACCGUACCUACCUCGGAGCAAAUCCUCGUCCCUGAGACUCUUCUCAAGAAGAGAAAGUCAGCUGAAAAGCAGACUGAGGAGCGACUCUCUGCCCUAAAGCAACGCAAAGUUGCAUCAAAAGCAAAGAGGGAGACCAUCUUCAAACGUGCGGAGGCCCACGUCAAGGAAUACCGAGAUGCGGAGAGGGAGAAGAUUCGUCUUGCCCGCUCUGCCAAACAAGACUCCAGCUUCUAUGUUCCCGCCCAGCCGAAACUCGCCUUCGUCAUUCGUAUUAAAGGUAUCAACAAGAUUGCCCCAAAGCCACGAAAGAUUCUUCAGCUCCUCCGCCUCCUCCAGAUCAACAAUGCAGUUUUCAUCAAGCUCACAAAGGCCACUUCCGAGAUGCUCCGUAUCGUUGAGCCCUAUAUUGCCUACGGCGAGCCUAAUUUGAAGAGCGUUCGCGAGCUGAUAUACAAGAGGGGAUAUGGUAAAAUCAAUAAGCAACGAAUUCCAUUAACCGACAAUUCGCUCAUCGAGUCCACUCUUAACCAAUACGGAAUCCUCUCGAUCGAGGACCUUAUCCAUGAAAUAUACACAGUUGGUCCUAACUUCAAGCAGGCGAGCAAUUUCCUCUGGCCCUUCAAGCUUAGUAACCCAACUGGGGGGUUCCGCACCCGCAAGUUCAAACACUAUAUUGAAGGUGGUGAUACCGGAGACCGAGAGUCAUAUAUCAACCAAUUGAUCAGACAGAUGAAUUAG